AUGUCGCUGAGGCCGAGCACACGCGCGGAGCUGAGGAAAAAGAUAUACAAGACAGGGGUCGAUGCCGAUGAGGCGAGGCGGAGGAGAGAGGACAAUCUCGUCGAGAUUAGGAAAAACAAGCGUGAGGACAGUCUCCUUAAGAAGCGUCGCGAAGGAAUGAUGCUCCAGCACCAGCAGCCUCUCGGCGGAGUUGGCCUCGACGGUCCCCAGAACGCUGCCGCUGCUGAGAAACGAUUAGAAGGUAUUCCAAUGAUGGUACAAGGUCUUUAUUCUGAUGAUCCUCAAGCUCAGCUAGAAGCCACAACUCAGUUUAGAAAGUUGUUAUCUAUAGAGCGUAGUCCUCCUAUUGAUGAAGUGAUCAAAGCUGGGGUUGUCCCACGUUUUGUGGAGUUUCUUGGAAGGCAAGACCAUCCGCAAUUGCAGUUUGAGGCUGCAUGGGCUUUGACCAAUGUUGCGUCAGGAACAUCAGAUCAUACUCGGGUUGUAAUUGAACAGGGGGCGGUUCCUAUCUUCGUUCAGCUUCUUAGUUCUGCUAGUGAUGACGUUAGAGAGCAGGCGGUGUGGGCCUUGGGCAAUGUUGCUGGGGACUCUCCAAACUGCAGGAAUCUUGUUCUCAACUAUGGGGCUCUUGAGCCAUUGCUGGCUCAAUUAAAUGAAAAUUCUAAGUUGUCCAUGCUAAGAAAUGCUACGUGGACCUUGUCUAACUUUUGUCGUGGUAAACCGCCAACACCAUUUGAACAGGUAGGACUACAGAAAUGGUUUCUUCUUUGA